GUUGCAGACAAGUGGGUUGGAGUCAGUAAAUUAUACAUUGAGGUCGUUUCUAUUUCACGUUUGUCACAAAAAACACACAGUGAAGCACUUAAACGUCACAACACUAGUAACACGUGAAAAGUUACACUUUUUCCAACCUCUUGUCUUGGUUGAGUUGUCCGUUCGCAGCAGCUCUGCUGCAGCAGUUGCUGGUUGCUGCAGUAGCGUCAGGCCUGACGUCACGUAGAAUGUUCAAGAAUAAUUAUCAGGGUGGAGCUGUGGUUGAGAUCUUCAGUGGACAAGGAAAAGACCCUGUAGCAAAAUGGAAACUUUGCGGAGGACCGUCAGCCAUACAUAAAGAGUAUAAUAAAGAAGUCAAAGGAUUUGUUUACUGUCUGGAGGGUAGCAGCCAUACAGUCAAGAUGCAAAUGCCAGAGAACGGAAAAAUGUCUCUUGGGCUUCUCCAAAGAUUCUUGGUCCUUCAAGUUAAUAUUCCUCAGUUCAAAGAUUUUUCCAUUGAGCUUGUGAUAACUGAUUUAGGGCACCUGAAAAGAAGACUCUACUUAUCAACAGUGCAUAAAGAGUUGUCUGCCACACUUUGGCAUGCAAAAAUACCUCUCAUAGGAUUGAAACGCAAUAUUUGGUCUACUCUGUGCAUCGACCUCGUGUCCUUCACCGGUGAACUGUUCAAGGAUGCAAGAUUUUUGACACUGGAUGGCAUCACUUUGUUCGCCACCUGUAAAGUCCGGAGAAUCUUCACCAUGAAAACAGAGCCCACAGGAGUGUCAGAUGAUGAUAUGUUUCUCAAUGGAGCUGCUCUCAUGGACUUGAUCCCUCGCAGUUGUCAGUUCCCAGCAGAUGUAAACCACGUGACUCAGGUGUUGAACAUGGAGAAUUUGCAGAAGGCAGAUAUGAGGAGUGGACAUGUGAACUCUGACUGUGUUCCUGAUCAGUCUACAACUGCCAGAUCAGCCAGUUAUCAAAAAACCAAGCCCCAGGGUUGCCUACACACAGCCUCAGGCUCCAGAGGUUCAGGGCCAACUCCUCAAACUGGAAGAAAAAGCAGUGCAGCCUCAGACGGAAUGGAUAGAAGUGCAGUCUGUAUCCACAAUAAGGGAUCCCUGUCAAGUAAAAUAGACCAAAACAUUACAGCAGAAAGUCAGAGCAUUGGAAACCUGACUGAGAAAUUAUCAAAUGGAGAAAGCUCUCCAUUUGAGGGAACACCUGGCAGUUUACAGUCUCAUCCCCCAAAAGAGAGAGUGUUUGGCAAGCAGGGAUCUAAGAAGCUACGGUUCUACAGUGCUGGAAGAGAGAGGCUAGCAUCACCAGCCCCUUCAGAUGCUGCGUCUGGUGGCCACAGUAAGAGAAGUAAGACCAGAGAGAAGCUUACACCAGGUAGACAAGAGAGCAGGCAACAACCUCUGACCCUAACAGGAAAGACAGAACACCUAACAGCAGAGACUCUCUCCUGUUCGAUUUGGGCAGGUUUGUCUUCUGACCUGCAGGUCUGGAGCAGCUGGGAGAGUAAUGAAGGCUCCGAGCCCCAGUUCACUCUGCCAGAGGAGGUGUUCACUUUCUCAUCGCAGCCUCACUCACCCAAACGAGGGCAAGGCCAGGGUGACCAGGAGAAGAUGGAGAUGGGAGAUGAUCAGUUUCAGAGCAAAAGUGGGAGGCGCUAUGAGGCCCAGCCUGAGGAUGACUUUAUCGGCAGUGAAAGUGAUGAGGAUAAGAGCUACACCACAUUCCAGCAUCAAAGACCGAGUGUCGAUUCCAAUCCUGCUACUCCCACAUCUCCUGAUCUAACUUUGGAUAUGCAACUUGAAGUCCAACCUGAAUAUCAUAACAUGGACCAAACAUCACCAAAAGCACUUAGUCCAGGUACCACCGACAUGAAUAAUCAGCCCCCAUCCAGCAGGAGAGCUGGACCUACUGGGAUGGUCCCCACACGCUGCCUCUCACCCAGUGGUAGCAGACAGGACCACAAGUGUAGCCCAUGUGGACCAGGGGUAGUGAGCCAGGUUCUGGAUGGGAGCAGUGUAUCACUGUCCAGGAGACUCCUGCAGGAAGUCAAAUUAGAUGACUCCAGACAGUGCAAGGAAAAAGAAGACAAGCAUGUUGAUUCCAGUGCUUGCGACUUACAUCUGGUCAGCAGUCUACAAAUGCAUGGGGAUGAUGAUGAUGAGGAGCUCCGAAUGCUGGCAAGUCUAAAAAGGGAGCAGGAGGAGGAUGAGUGUAGAGCCUCAGGCUUCAGUGCAUCAAAGAUCCACCAGUGUAACGUCAGCAUCAGCAUGAGCAGUGACGAUGCCUCUACCUGGACCCACAUCUCCAUGCCAUCUAAUCAGGGUCACCACUAUCAGAAGGAAAUGAACCCCCUCCUGUGCUCAAACCCCAGGGAGUGGAUGGAUGUGCUCAGCCCUCCCAUUAUGCCUCCCAGCCGGCGGAGAAGGUCAGACAACCCAGGGAACCAUUGUGAAGGUCUAAUCGGAGGAGGAGAUGAGUCGGCGAAUGAAGAGGAGAAUGAGUAUUUAAAUCUGCUCUAUGAUCCGUGCCUGAACUGCUAUUUCGAUCCAAAGACAGGGAAGUACUAUGAACUAGCUUGACUCAAAUCUAAAUUCAUAAAUCAGAAGACAGUGGAUGAGUGGCUGCAGGUUUGUUUUUUUUAGGCCUAACUUAUUGAUCAGGAACAAAUACCCCAUUAACAAGAACCUUCUCAGGUUGCUACUUUUGUUCUUGAGAAACUAACAUGAUGCUUUGUGUCACCAUAAGUAGUGUCAUAAGGGCGUAGAACUCAAUGAAUCAGAUGCAAGCUCUUUUUGCAAGAAGUUGAGUUGUUGCCCAUUUACUGGCAGUUGCACAUCUGACAGUAAAAAAGUCUUUUCACAGGAUUCUUGGCUAGCAAAUGAAUAUGUAAGACAUCAAAAUAACAUCCUAGAGCUUCUUUUUAUCAAGAUUAUUUCUGACAUUUAAAUUCUACUCUGAUUUACUAUUUGAAUGUCAUUUUUGUUCUUAUCAUUCAUCAUUGUUUGUAUAAAAAAGUAAUUGAAAAUACAUUGAUGUGUGUAUAUUGUCAGAAUUAAGUGUCUCAUUGUGUCUCCUUGUUGUUACUUGGAUUUUAAUUAAGGUUGGGCAGAGUUGUGCUCUCCCAUAUUUUUAAUAGCAAAAACAAUAAAAAGAAGAUGAUUGAUGUAGAUACACUUGAGAUGUUGAACAUUCCAAAGUUAAAUUGUCUCUUGUAAUAAUUGCAUUCACAAAUGAACCUGUAGCUAUGUUAUUUUUUUUUUAACAGCCUGUGAAUGUAACCAGCAGUAACAACAGACGGGAUGAGCAUGGGGGCUGGCAGGUCUUUUCAUCAAUCUUGCCAAAACAUUGCACCUGAAGAGAGGUUGAUAGGAGAUUGAUUCAUCAUUUUCAGCCUGAGAUGAAUUGUUGCUUUCACAAUGGAAGCAAAAACAAAAACAGGAGGAUAAAAAAAAUACCAUAAAUUCAUCACUUUGUGAUUGCCAGUAGUUUUAAUCAGUGGCUGACCAAUAACCGGUCUAGACAGCAUAACUGGCUUGGGUCAGAGGCAAUCUUUUGGUCAAAAUUGAGUUUUAGAAUUUGUGGACAAGCCAUGACUUGUCAAAACAAGACCUUCGACUUCGAAAUCAUUUGGACACAAAAUAUUUGAAAAGAACUGGCCCUAGAAAUUGUGCCACAGUAAUAACUAUGUACGUUUCACAGUUUUAUACUUUAAACAUGAUACAUGGCUGAAGGAAUCAUCAUGGUUUCCCUUUCUGAUAGACAGCCAAACUUCAACUUAUACGUCGCGUUUGAUAGAAACAUUGGCAGGUCAUGUGAUACAGUGCUGCUACAUGUUUAGUGGAAGUGGGCGUGGAAACGCUGCAAGUCGCAUUGUCGCAACAGGUGAGAGCAACUAGGAAGUAAACAACCGUGGCGUUCAGCCCAGCGGCAGACAGAAAGCAUUUCUAUGAAAUAUUUUACAUUUCUCCACAUCAAACUGGUAAAACUUGAUCUUGUAGAAUGCACUGACUGAGCCUCAUGUCUAUGGAGGGAGAUAAUAGAUUGACUCGACUUUUAAGUUCUCAAGGAUGUCAGCACAACAGGUUGGGAUGAGGCUCCACCCUGGGAUUAUUGCAUCAGUGAUUUUCGUGUCUGUGGCGGCAAUAGCUGCUGCCGUAUUGAUCAUCCGAAAAUACUGCUUCCCCGUCAACGAUGUGACAUACAGAUAUUCAUUGCUGAGGCGACUGGAGGAUCAGGGUUCAACCGUGACAGAGGAGGAUGGCGACAGGGGGCCCGGCACAGCGGGAGAGGAGUCAGACGAGGAUCUUCUGGAAUAAAUCUGUUGCCGCACUGCUGCCGGACUGACUGGAGAGGAGUUUAUUGUGGAUGAAAUGUGAGGUUUUGUUUCUGGAUUUGUAUUUAUGAAAGUUUGAAUUCUUAGCAGUCUUACCUCUUUAUGCGUAAUGUGAAAUACUGUCAAUGACACUGAUGGGUCAACCUUGAGCCUUUCAUACUGUAAUACCUGAUGUACAAUGCUUUUAAAGCUGCAUUAACAUUGAAUCAGAAGACUACAGGUAAUGUAAAAAGCCUGUGACUAUCAGAUUUUUCCUGUUUUUCACUUGUAUAUGUAAUGCUCUGUCAGUCACUAUGAGAUAAAAAAAAAAAAAUCUGAUUAACUUUGCUAUGAUGAAAAGGUCAUAAAACCAGUAAAAAGAGAGCAAAUAAAAAUGCAAUUUGCCGGCAGCACAUUAAUACACAUGAAAUGAAAGAAUAAAUAAACCUGUGGCAACAAUUAAAGUAGUUUCCAGAAGAAUUUAACAGCAACAAGAUAAUAAUUUGCUUAUAUAUGGUUAAAUAUUUGUUACUAAAUAUACUAUUAUUAUACUAUACUUUUUUAAUUAUACUUUUAUACUAAAGCAUAUUUUUGUAAAAAUGACAAUUUAAUACAUUUAAUUUAUUUCCACUUAUUACAUUUUGCACUUAACAUUUUUUUUCAGUGUGAUCACAGAACAGGCCUGAGUACACAACAUUAUCCAGCAGUUAUGAAAUAAGUGGCUGCUACAAAGCAUCACAUGGUGAUUUGACAUUUCAGAUGUUUCAAACGCCCUAAUUGACUUGCAGCUAAAAAUAGUCCGACUGAAACGGCAGCUAUCUACCAGUUGGCCGCUUCCCUUUGAAACAUAUUUUCCUUUUCAUGCUAACAUUAACCCACUUAAAGUAAAUUUGCUGUAGAGUUCAGAGGACCACAUACUCUUUAAUGGACUUCUAGGCUAAGUGAUGUUGCAGCAGCCCAGAGAUGGUUUUUUUGACAGCUACAUUUACCACCAAGGAAAAAAAAAAGUGAACAUCAGUGUCACAGGAUGCUAGUGUCAGCUCAUGAAUCAUUAAUCAGAAAUCAUUUUGCUUUGCUUUCCCUUUUCAGUUUUGAAAGUAUGAUCACAAAUGUAAGCAAUGGAAUCAGUCUAUUGUCAUCAGUCCUUUCUUGAUAGCAGUUUAAAGUUCAUGUUUUAUUACUAACAUCCAACGAUGGGGUUUGCUGUGCAGUUACUGAUGACAGAGUGAAUGAUGUUAAUGAUGCACACUGUGUAUCAUUUUACAUACUGGUGCAUUUGAAUAUUUAUGUUAUUAAAUAUAUUCAUCCUGCAAACUGGCUGAUGUGUUUGCCACCUUCUGGGAUUAUCCUCGUUUAGUCCAACUCAUGACUUUAAUGAUUUAUUUUCUGUCUCUUAUCUAAAGAGUAUCCCCGCUUUGUUAGAAAGGAAAUAUUUAUUGUUAGUACUGCUUUUUUUUGUUUGUUUGUUUGUUUUGUUAUUAUAAAAAAGGUGCAAAAUGUUAUGUUUGGUUCCCUCAGUGUUAUUCAGUCCUUUGACUCUCUGAGUGCACAAUGUUCCUUCUGAUCAGUAAUCAGUAGUGCACAAAGACCCUCUGCUGGUCCUCAUCAGUAUUACGCCAUGUUAAGAAUUUACAGUCCUAAUUGGUUAAUAUUCUGUAAACAUCUGCUUUCAUAAAGUAAAGUUCUUGUCAUGUAA